UUUGUGUCCACGGCGGCAGACCUGCAGGAACACUUUUGGCAGUUUUGUCUGUGUGUGCCGAGAUGGCUACGUGAUGGGGACAGUCCAGGGCUCGGUGCAGUGUCGAGAUAAGGACGAAUGUUUAAUGGGGUCUCACCGGUGCAGCCGCCAUGCUCAGUGUGUCAACACAGAUGGUUCCUACACCUGUCAGUGUUUGGAGGACUACUUCGGCAACGGACACACCUGCUGGCCCAGGAGAGCCCCACAGUCCAAGGCUGCCAUGUACUUCAACUACAAACUCUCCAAAAGAACCAAACCCAUACAACCUUCAUCUUAGAGCUACUUCUUACAAACCAAAGGGGAAAACCAACAUUAGAGGUUAACUUAAGAGGUGCUCAAGUUAAAACGAUGGUUUACAGACAUG